GGAGACUCUGUUCCAGGAGCUGGCCCCUCUCCGCAGCACCAUGUUCCUGCUGGCGCUGUGGCCCAUCUACAGCGACUCCAAAGGCCGCGCCAAGGCGUCCGCGGUCUCGCAGUCCUCGUGCUACACCGUGCUGGUGUACGCCCUGUGGUCCGUGCUCAGCGUGCGCGCGUUGGGCGAACGCUGGAGCGCCUUCGCGUCCGGGGCUGCCGCCGAAGGCGCAGUGGAGGCCUCCACCCUCAACCACCGCAUCUACCACCUCAUCCUGAUCGUCCUGCUGACGCACCACUGGGUCAUCCCCGUCUGCAUCUGGCCCGAGGCCCGAGCCCUUGCCAAGUACCUCAACGCCUGGACCAGCUUCCAGGCCGAGUGGUGCAGGCUGACGGGUCGGCCCCUCGUGCUGGGGCUUCGCCGGCGGGCAGUGGCCUACACCGCGGUGGGGCUGCUGCUGCCGCUACCACUGGUGCUGCUCAUGGUGCGGGUGGGGAUGCCGAUCCUGCACGCCGUUGCCUUCUUCCCGCCCUUGAGCUUCUUCUCCCUCGUCGGCGGCGUCUGGACCACCCUCUGCAGGGCCGUGGAGCACUCGGCCAGCUCCCUGCGCCAGCUCCACAGCGAGGACAGGGACCGCGGCCUGGGCCUUCUUGACGUGCGUGCGCACGGCAUGCUCUGGCUGCACCUGCGCGCCCUCGCCUCCCAGACGGGCGCGGCGCAGUCCAGCACGCUUGUGGUGUACACGGUGUACUCCAUGGCACUGGGCCUGGUGGCGGCAAUGGGCGUGCUCAUCGCGCUCACGCAUGCCGACUUGAGCCUCGGCAACGUGAUGCAGGCCCUAUUUAUGGUGCAGAACCUUCACCACAUCUACACCGUUCACGAGCACGGCCACCGCGCCGCUCACAGCCGGAUUUUGUUUCAGGCUAGCAAGGCUUUGCAGUUUGAGAUGUUGAGCAUGAAGCCACCGUUGAAGGAGAAGGAUUUGAUGAAUGCAGAGGUUCGCACCUUACUGAUUGCAACAGCAGCGCACAGUGAACAUGAUAUUGCUACAAUAAGUGUGGGGGGCUUUGCUGCUUGUUCGCGUUCCAGCAUAAUUGAGGUGUACAACAUGCUGCUAUUAAAUCUUCUUGUUCUUUUGCAAUUUGCUUAUUUUGCUUACUGAAAAGGUAAUAAAGAACACAAACAAAAUUGUCUUGACAUCUAAAUUAUUUUAAUAGAAAUAAAGACAGGGAAGAUAUUAAGAUAAAAAAAAUAAAAAGACAUUCUUCAACAGGUACUUAUA